UGACACAAAUACAAAUACGAGGUGGGUAAUUUGUAUUGCUUAUGAUUUAUUUGAACAGUGACAUAGCUCAUCGCAUUGCUCCAAGCCAGUGGACAGUCAAGUUUGGUAGAGACAUCAAGGGUUUUCAUCACCAAACCACUGGAAAUAAUUGUGGUAUCUACAUACUUAUGAAUGCACUCAGCCUGAGCACAGAUGCUCCAUUUUGGUGUACUGAGAGAGACAUGGCACACAUCAGGAAAUGGUGGUGCAUUAAUUUGAUGGAACGGUUCCAGAUUGAUGGCCACGGACAGAGGUUUGGAUACUGGACAAAUGAGGCCACAGCAUUGCUCCAAGGAUCAUUGCAGCCGAUCUACAGGAUCCCGAAGAGCAGAAAAAGGAAUCAUGAGGCGGAUGAUGUUUUCCUGAAGGACACAAUUGAGGCAGCAGCAUGGUGCCAGUUGCAGUCCUUCACCGACCACGUUUCUCUCCCGAUGGUCAUUGGGAUGGAAGGUGCAGAGCAGCAGGCAGCAUUAGCAGAGCUGAAAUCCGUUGACCGCAGUUGCCCGGAAGAAAGCCCAAACAGGAUUGAACCGUUCCAGUUCGUCUUCAAUUCAAAGGACUACGAAAUGUUCUGUGUGGAGAUGUUUGACCGGAGAAAGCUGAAAGUGUUUGCUUCUUGGGAGUAGCGACAUUUGACCUAUUGUUUUAAUUUUUUUUUUGUUAUUUUUAAAUUAUUCUGUUGAAUAAAAAGACUCCUGAGAUUGGUGUAACUUAA